UGAUUACUAAAUCUUAUUCACUUCAUAAUCAUCUAUUUUUCUUGUACCUAUUUUGUUUCUUUCCUUUUAAAAAAACAUACAUUGACCUACUUUUUGUGAUUACCUUGCCUUUUAAGCCCUCCUUUCUCUAGUGUUAUAUUUCUUCUUUCUCCUCCAUUUUGAAACUCCCCGUUAGCUAUCUCCACACCUCUCCCUUUGAUCUAGAACCUACUAGCAUGCUUGAAUGUCCAGAGACAGGGAGAGAUUUGAAGAGAUAGGAAAGAGGAUCAAGAGGGAAAGCGAUGCAUCUUCUCUAAUGGGAAGGAGACAAAUGUUAGGUCCUCCUGGAAUCUUGAAUACUGUUACACCUUGUGCUGCAUGUAAGCUUUUAAGGAGAAGAUGUGCUGAAGAGUGCCCUUUUUCUCCAUAUUUUUCUCCACUUGAACCCCAAAAAUUUGCAGCUGUUCACAAAGUCUUUGGUGCAAGCAAUGUCUCCAAGCUGCUAAUGGAGGUGCCUGAAAGUCAAAGAGCUGAUGCAGCAAAUAGUCUAGUUUAUGAAGCAAACCUGAGGCUAAGAGAUCCUGUCUAUGGCUCUAUGGGUGCAAUUUCAGCCUUACAACAGCAAAUUCAAUUAUUACAAGCUGAACUUAGUGCGACAAGGGCUGAUAUACUCAACUACAAAUACAGAGAAGCUGCCGCUAGUAACAUCAUUUCUUCUACUCAUGCUGCUUUAGUUUCUUCUGCAACCGCGUCCAUUUCAGCACCAUCACAUACUCUUGCUCCACCACCUCCCCCUCCUCCCACCCCACCACCUCUUUCUGUUGUUGUUUCUUUAUCUACAUCUUCUCCUUCUCUAUAUACACCACCAACUAGCACAUCAGGUUAUAGCACUAUUUCUAGUGAUAAUAAUGUCCCAUAUUUUGAUUAAUUUUACCGUAGACCAUAGUCAAUUUUUCUACAUUUUCCAUUGCACUUGGUAUAAUAAUGUUGUCUAAUAGAGUAGCAAGAUGGUUGUCUUUUAUUAUAGACCGUAGUCAAUUUUUCUACA